GUCCGUACCGCGACCGUGCGAUUAUUCCGUCUACUGAGCGGAGGACGUAGUCAAUGCCUCGCCUGCAUCAAGCGCUGUUUGUUACUACUUUAGAAGUUUAGUCUGCAACGCGCCGUCAAACCGUUCGGUCGUGUUCAUGCGCUCAAUAAUUUAAAAUAGCUGAUUUAUAAUAUUUAAAAUAAUAGUGUUAAUUAUAAUUUUGUUGCAUUCCUUAGUGAAAUUCUUCGUUUCUAAUAGACUGUCUUAGUUAAUAGUGUUUAAUUAUAGACUCAUAUACAAGCUUCAUGAAUUGUGACUGUGUUUUGGAUUUUGAACAUUAGCAAAAUAGCGAGAUACAACGUAUGCGAAGUGUAGACAUGAGCGGAUUGACCAUAAGAUCGAAAAGGGGUUCGAGGGGUAGUGCUACACUUCUAGAAGCAGCAAACAGAAUUCUUAAGCUACUCGGCGUGAGUUCCACGAAACGCGGGAAACAACCCUCAACUAAAUCAAAGCCUGACAGUCGUGCUGCCAGUGAAGUACGGGCUCCUUUGGCUACCACCGAGUCCGUCAUCGAGUCACCGAUCAAAAUGCAGGCGUCCCAAGCAGCGGCUACUCCUGUCCCAACUCCAACAUCUACACAUUCGUCCAAUCAGUCAUAUAGGCACGCUAAGAGAACAGCAAAAGAUUACAUAUUCGGAAAAAUGAUUGGCGAUGGCUGCUACAGCACAGUUUUCUUGGCGAAAGACAUUCAUACCGGCAAGGAGUAUGCAAUAAAAGUUUGUGAAAAAAGUUUCAUCAUACGCCAACAAAAAGUGCAGUAUAUUAAACGGGAGAAAGAUGCUCUGAAUAUGCUCUCAAAUGUCCCUCACGGAUUCGUAAAACUUUACUGCACUUUUCAAGAUGAAGAAAGGCUUUACUUUGUACUGUCGUACGCCAAAAAUAGCGAAUUAUUAAAACGUAUAAAUGAAGUAGGCUCGUUUGAAAUUAAUGUAGCUAAAUUUUACGCUGCCGAACUUCUACUAGCCUUAGAACAAAUGCACGCCAAAGGAAUCAUUCAUCGUGAUCUGAAACCUGAAAAUAUUUUACUAGAUGAAAAUAUGCAUUUACAAAUUGCUGACUUUGGAACAGUUAAAAUUCUGGAAAACGACAAAGUCGGAUCAACUGUACCAAUACCUGAAGAUGAACAGAAUUCAUCAAACGAUCGUUCAAGAAAGAUAAGUUUUGUCGGCACUGCACAAUAUGUCAGUCCAGAGCUUUUGCAACACAGAGUAGAUACUUGUGCAUCAGAUUUAUGGGCAUUGGGUUGUAUUAUUUAUCAAAUGAUAUCUGGUCUGCCACCAUUCAGAGCGUCAACAGACUUCCUUACUUUCCAAAAAAUUUUGAAAUUGGACUAUGAAUUCCCUGAAGGUUUUCCAGCUGACGCUAAAGAUUUGGUAGAAAAACUUAUUGUUUUGGACCAUAAUAAAAGACUAGGAGCUAGUGACCAGGGUGAAACUUACGAAAGUAUACGUCAACAUCCAUUUUUUGAAGGUAUCGAUUGGGAGAACAUUUGGGAACAAACUCCUCCAAAAAUUAGUCCUUAUUUGCCAGGUGGAUCCUUUGAAGAGGAAUACACAGUACCUGAUUAUCUGGAACCUGGACUAGACGAACGAAAAAUUGUUGAAUUGUGGGAGUUAGACUUGUCUACUUCUAGAGGAAUCCUAAAUAUUAGCCCUGAGGAGAAACGACGUCGCCUUGAAAUUCAAGCGCGUGAAAAUGUAUGGCAUAAGUUUGUAGAUGGAGAGCUUAUAUUAAAACAAGGCCUGGUAGACAAAAGAAAGGGACUAUUCGCAAGACGUCGAAUGUUAUUAUUGACCACAGGGCCGCGGCUAUUUUACGUCGAUCCUGUUAACAUGGUACUCAAGGGAGAGAUUCCAUGGUCUCCAGAACUACGUGUAGAAGCCAAGAAUUUUAGAAUAUUUUUAGUGUACACGCCAAAUCGUACAUAUUAUUUGGAGGAUCCGCAAUCGUAUGCAUUAGAAUGGGAAAAGGUGAUCAACGAAGUACGCAUCGGCACAUACGGGCGGGACACGACUUAAGAGGGCGGCGCGCCCGCCGAGCAGAGUCGCGCCCGCAUUCCUCCCGCUCUCCGCACGGCGAGUGCACACUUCUAGGAUAAAACUAGCCUUCAUUUUGAGCACGAAAAUCAUCCGGAAAGAUCUUUCGCGACGAUGAACGAUUCGUCUCCUGAGUUGAAUCAGUGAACGAUCCUUUAAGUUUGCAAAAAGCCAGCGUGGGACGGCCGCACCCGGCGCCGCCAGCGUCGACGCGCCCCGCUCUGGAGAAGACGCGAGAAGACGACGCCAGUCGCCGAGCGAGCAGUGUACUGACUACUGACACUGAAUGACUGAUUCCUACUAGUAUGUCCCGACGAUCUUAAAUUAUUGUUUUAAUUUAAGUUACUUAUUCAUUUGUGGAUAUCUGCGGUAAUUUGUAAAUAUUUGUUGUAAUUUAUUAUUGAAAUCGUUAGGUGUAAUGUGUAUUUGUGGGCCGCUAUUAACUUACUGGCCUCGAGUAAGGAUGAACUUGUUAUUCGCCACCCGCGUGUUCACAAAGCCCAUUCCGGUUGGUAACUAGGCAAUUAAUAGCUAAAUUAAUAAUUAUUUAUUUUAUUUUUAAUUAUUUGCCAACGGAAUGUGACUGUUGUACAGAUAUUAAACGGUAGAGAAAUAUAUAAACGAACAUAAGUUAUUUCAAACUGCCUGUAAUGAUAAUGGAAUGACAAAUUAUUUAAUUUUAAGUAGCUCUUUUAAUAACUUAGAGGGCAGAAUGUUUUGAAGUACAUACUUCUAUGAGAAGGAAUGCUUGAGAAGAAAUACUAAGAAAUGUAUUGUGAACCUCCGAAAUUAUACAAAAAUAGUGUUAAUGUUUCAUAGUUGACCUAUUUUGGUAUAUCUAUUAAUGACAUUCAUUUUGAUAAAAUAAAACAAACACGCAGACACAAUUUGAUUUACAAAAUGCAAUGAAUGUAAAUUUUGUUGAUUCACUAUCCUUGUAGGUGAUGAAAUAUAAGUUCACAAAUUGUAGCAUUGAUACUACAUAAUAUUACUUAGGUAUUUCAUGUAAACAUCUUUAUAACAUAAAAACACUGCCUAUAUAGAUAGCAUAGAUCAGUAUCCUUGAGUCUUGAGUGCUGUUAUUGCAUCCUAUGCAUAUCAUGCACCAUAGUUUUAAUUUAGCUAAAGUAUACGGAAAUACCGCCAAGGGUGGUCACAAAAAUGGUUUUCAGGAACUUGGGAUAAUAUAGUUGAUUUAAAUAUCUACUACAUAUCCAUGUAAUAGGUAACUUUAUAAUUCUUUAGACAAAUUCUCAGUGAACAGUGAGCUUAUUUCCACUUUCAUCUGUUGUUUGUUUUUAGUGUUGUAUAGUAUUUAAAAAUGAAUGAAUAAUUUGAACUUUCAAUGUCAUGGCUAAUAUGGAUUUUAGUUUUUGUAGUGCAAAUAUUAUGUUUUUUCCUUUUAACUUAAUAGUUUUAAAUGCCUGAACUUGCCUGGGUAUUUAUUUUAGUGGGGGCUUACUAUGACGGGAUUAAAUCAAAGAUCUUAUAGAAAAAUAUAAAAUCUAGGAGAAAUAGAAUUUCAGCAAUUUAAAAAUAGGUAUCUUAUUCCUAAUAGUUAUGGUGGAUUGGCUAUUAACGUAAAUAAUUGGGAUUACUCCAUGACAUUGUUAUUAAUAAACUAUCUGCAUUUAAAAUUUAAUAACUGUUAACUACACUAGUUAUAUUUUAAAACAUUUGUAUUGAUUGCAUGAAUUCCAUAAAAUAACUACAUAAGAAAAUGAAAAUAAAUUGAAGUUGAUUUUUUAUUAA